AUGGUCAGGCCAUGUCGGUUCAAGUCUCAGGCGCGACCUGCAUUUUUGCCGCCACGUCUUGGACCAGGACCAGGACCAGGACCAGAACCGGUGGCGUCGCGUCGAAGCAUUCUGGACGUCAAGAUUGGGUCUGCGUUCGCGCCUUGUCUGCGACUAUCGUUCUGCACUCAGGCCUCAGAGCUGUCGACGUCGCCGUCGUACGCCGCCGAUCACCCGCCAACUACACGCGACAUUAACGUCGAUCUUCGGCACCGCGCGCCCGCCCGUACGGCCUCGACCCUUAAUUUCAACGACGCCGGUUCAAAUGCGAAGCAAAGCAAGUUAGCUGAGAGCAUGGAGGGGCUCGAGAACGAGAUGAACAAGAUCGUCAAUUAUGGCGCAUUUUCGACCGUUGCGUCCGUCGUUCGUCGGUCGCCCAUCAAGUGA